UCUCACUCAAACACUCUUGGUCUUUUCUUCCUUUCGUUGCUAUCGUUGCUAUGCGCCCGUCGCUAUCCGCACCGCCUUUCUUCACCUCCCGUUUUGUUCUCUCCCCGCCCGCCCUUUUCCUUUUGUGUUCGCAACGCCUUCCUUUCGUGCUUUGACCCUUCCUUCUUUGUAUAAAUGCGCUCCCUGCACUUCGCCUCUCCUCCAAACACUUCGCAUCACAUCGCCGUUUCCCUCUUCACCUAUGUCUCUUGCAAUAAUCGACGGUUUCUUUGCUCUCGCCAAUGGUCGCCGUGUUGCUGCCGCGCCAAAGCCUGGAACUGUUCCCGAUAACCCUUCUCGACCUGCCCGUAUGCUCUUUAUUGAGUACGACACCACUAUCAUGUGCACGAAUGGACAGCACGUUCCCGCCCGCCUUCGCGUUUAUUCACACCCUACGAAUAAUCCACUCCCCGACAACGUCGUCGUUGCCUUGAAGGCGAAGAUGUACUUGCCCUCCCCACCUUCCGAUGACACUCUUCUCUCCCCUGAUGCUCCCAUUCUGCUUGAGGGCAUUGUAUGUGAGCCAUUCCCGGGCGACCCCGCUUUGGACUCUUACGAAGAGAGUGUUCCGUCUCUCUUGAGCCCCUACGUUUUUGUGGUCGGCACAGUCUCCUCCGCUGUUGAGAUCUCCGAUGGGAACCGUACAUUCUCUGUUUCAUUUGCCGAGUAUGUCCGCGACUCCAUCCAGUUUAGCUCCGUCGUAUGCGUACUCGAUGGCAAAAGCCCUCGAUGGAAGAAUACCCCUUCCCCCGUCCUGUCCUCAUGUGUUGCCGUAUUCGGUCUUUGCGAGUCGUUUAACCGCUCUCUACGUGUUGGCGCUGUUCACUUGGCGCUCAACUGCAGGCCUCAGGAUGCGCACUCACUUGCUACCUCGGACUCUCCCGGUGCCGGGCCUCCCACAAAAAAGCGCCGUUUCCAGGCUACUGUUUCUCCUCUCGCUUCCUCUCCUGCCAAUGCUCAGGCUGGUCCAUCGAAUGCUCAGCCUGGCCCUUCCCAUUCCUCCCCUCCCCCUGCCGCUACGGCUCCUGAACCCGAGUCCCCAUCUCCACCUUCCAAAUCAAAACGAACAACAAAGCCUCGCGCCGCCGCCAAGCCUACCAGGGCCUCUCUCCGCUCCAAGCAAGCAAUCGCACUUCCCUCCGAGCCGAACACAGACAGCAAUCAGCUACUCCCUCCUCCGGCGGAAGACGAAGACAUGUAUCCUGACGUCCCCCCUCCCGAGGCCUUUGGCGUUUCUGUGCCGCCUUCCCUUGAUAAGGGUAAGGGAAAGGCCACUGACAGCAGUCUAUAA